AAAAUUCUUUUUAUCCCUCCCUAGACUGGACACCAUUUCUGCACUCUUGAAGUCAAAUUCUAAACUUGAAAUCUGAACUGAAGAAAAAUGAGAGGGGGUUCAUCAAUGGCGAAAUCCAUUUCUACGAUCCUAAGGAGGAGAUCAGCUUCAUAUUGUACUAGCAGUGGAGAUAGCUUCGAGAGUUCGAGGCCUAAGAUCUUUGAUCGCCAGCUCAAAUUCAGACAACGUGACCGAGCUGCAUGGUUGAUGAGCCGCAAGGAUCCUUUUGUUGAUACAAUUGCUGAAAACAUGCUGGAUCGUUUGGAGGAUUGCAAGAGGACAUUUCCCACAGCACUAAAUAUGGGGGGCUCCUUGGAAGCUAUUAGGCGGUUGUUACGUGGGCGUGGUGGCAUUGAAAAACUCAUUAUGAUGGAUGCGUCUCUUGACAUGGUUAAAUUAUGCAAAGAUGCUGAGCCAGAUUUAUCUACUACUGACAGCAUAGAAACAUCCUUUCUGGUUGGUGAUGAAGAGUUCUUGCCCUUACAGGAAAACUCUCUUGAUCUGGUAAUCAGUUGCUUGGGUCUUCACUGGACAAAUGAUCUUCCAGGAGCGAUGAUACAAUGCAGAUUGGCAUUGAAGCCUGAUGGACUUUUUCUGGCAGCUAUUCUUGGUGGAGAAACAUUGAAGGAGCUAAGGAUAGCAUGCACUGCAGCACAAAUUGAGCGUGAGGGAGGUAUUAGUCCACGACUUUCUUCUUUGGCACAGGUGCGAGAUGCUGGCAAUCUUUUGACAAGGGCCGGCUUUGCACUUCCAGGUGUUGAUGUUGAUCAAUACACCGUUAGAUAUGAAAGCGCUCUGGACUUGAUUGAACAUUUGCGUGCAACGGGAGAAACAAAUGCUCUUUGGCAAAGGAAUAAUUUAUUAAAUAGAGAAACAGCAUUGGCAACUGCAUCUGUCUACCAGUCGAUGUUUGGAGCUGAGGAUGGAACCAUACCCACAACUUUUCAGGUGGUUUAUUAGUUGUGUGUUCAUUGUAAAUUUGUUAGUUAGCAGGAAAACAUAUAUGAGAUGAACCAUCUGAUCACACUGUUGUCUGCGUUGUCAAACUCAACAAUUUGGUCUAGCUCACUUAAAUUGAUGCUUCUUAAAACUGAAAUGGCGAGACAAAAAUCAGCAGAUCUGUUUUGAUUAUGUUUGAGUCAUUGAAUAUAGAUUCCUACUUUACUUUUUGUUUUCUUGCAGUUGGUGUUAAACGGUCAUUUAAAUUGAUACAAAUCCGAGUGAGGAUUGUUGCUUAUAAUCUUAUACUAGAUGGUUGCCCCUUAAA